CGCGCACAAGGCAAAACCCAAUCGGAGCCGUGGACCGGGCCGGAGAUAGGGCUCGAGGCCAUGGCAAGCGGAGGCGAGGGCGCAGGGAGCGGCGAGUCCCCUCCCGCUGCCUCAGUGGAGGCGGCAGCGGGGGAGGCGACGCUGCACAUCCGGUGCGCGAACGGCUCUAAGUUCACGGUGCAGACGGACCUGGGCGCCACGGUGGGCGGGUUCAAGGAGGUCGUAGCCGGGAGCUGCGACGUGCCGGCGCCGCAGCAGCGUCUGAUCUACAAGGGCCGCAUCCUCAAGGACGAGCAAACCCUAGAAAGCUACGGCGUUGAGACAGAUCACACAAUUCACUUGGUGCGUGGUGUUGCCCCACCAGCUGCAUCCAGUGCACCUGCUGCUGCCAGCUCCCUUGCUUCAUCUACUCUUAGUAGCGUCCCGGCAGGUGGCCUGGGAGAUCUAUUUCCAGGUGUUGGUGCUCCAGGAAGUGGCAGGUCAUCAGGUAUAUUUGGGCCAGGAUUUCCAGAGUUAGAGCAAGUUGAGCAGCAUUUAAGCCAGAAUCCCAACUUGAUGAGGGAGAUAAUGAAUAUGCCAGCGAUGCAAAAUCUCAUGAAUAACCCUGAUUUAAUACGCAAUAUGAUUAUGAGCAACCCACAAAUGCGCGAGAUCAUGGAUCGGAAUCCUGAUCUUGCCCAUGUGCUCAAUGACCCAAGUGUCCUCCGCCAAACCCUCGAAGCUGCUAGGAACCCUGAAAUCAUGAGAGAGAUGAUGCGGAACACAGACAGAGCUAUGAGCAACAUUGAGUCCUCUCCUGAAGGUUUUAAUAUGCUCCGUCGCAUGUAUGAAACUGUCCAGGAGCCAUUUCUAAAUGCAACAACAAUGAGCGGGGAAGGGAACACAGCCUCAAACCCAUUUGCAGCUCUUCUCGGCAACCAGGGGUCUAACCAACCUGGUCAAGGUCAACCUGCAACAUAUACUCCAACUAUAGGUUCGGAGUCGACAACUGGAACCCCAGCUCCAAAUACUAAUCCACUUCCAAAUCCCUGGAGCACCAAUGCUGGGAGUGCACAAGGAGCAACACGGUCCAGUGGCAACACAAGAACUGGUGCUUCUGGUCAUGUUGGAGGUACUGGUGCCACUGGUGGAUUGGGAGGGCUUGGUUCACCAGAUUUGAGUAGUUUGCUUGGUGGUCUUGCUGGCAGUCCAAGAACUGGUGCUUCUGGUGGUUUAGGAGGUUUGGGUUCACCAGAUUUGGGGAAUAUGCUUGGUGGUUCUCCUGAUGUUUCUCUUUUCAGUCAGAUGUUGCAAAACCCUGCAAUGAUGCAGAUGAUGCAGAGCAUUAUGUCUGACCCACAGACCAUGAACCAGUUGCUUAGCUUCAACCCAAAUGCACGCAACCUGAUGGAAUCAAACCCUCAGAUGAGGGAAAUAUUUCAAAAUCCAGAAUUUCUUCGCCAGCUGACAUCGCCUGAGACUUUGCAGCAAUUACUCUUAUUUCAGCAGUCUUUAUUAGGACAGCUUGGUCAACAUCAACCUAACCAGGGUAGAAACAAUUCAGGCAGUGCCACAGGUACGCCUGGAAACCCUAGCCUUGACACCUUGAUGAGCAUGCUCAGUGGGCUUGGUUCGGGAGGUGGCAUAGGUGUUCCAAAUACUUCCAAUGUGCCACCGGAGGAGCUCUAUGCCACACAGCUUACUCAGCUCCAAGAAAUGGGUUUCAUUGACACUGCGGAGAACAUUCAAGCACUGCUCGCUACCGCUGGGAAUGUACAUGCUGCGGUGGAGCGUCUUCUCGGGAACCUUGGGCAGUAGCUAAAACGAGCGAGCCACACACCGCCAGUAAAUCUUAAAAUGUCGCGCAUCUGCAGGAGUGUUCGGCUUAACGUUCUUCAAGCCCUUGAAUUUGAAGGGGGUGGCGUCCAUAAUCCCGAAAACAAAAUAAUCAAAAAGUCAGGCAGCCAUUAACUUUUCUCAUACAUGGUGGUCAUGUCUUUGUUUUACAGUGUUGUAUUUGCAAUUUGGAUUGGUGUACAUACAUAUCGGUCGGAUAUUACCUCAUAGAAUGUAUGUAGUUUUGUGUUUUGAACUGUUGAUUCUUGAUUCCCAAUCAAUCAAAUCAAACUAUCU